AUGGCGACAAUUCCACGUAAAGAUGCCAUCACCAAAGGCAUUGCCUAUAGAGCAAAGAAGUUGCAGGGGUGGCGCGGCAAUAGCACCUACGUUGAGCGUAUGAAGGCCCAAAAAUAUCACGUCAAUGGCUUUUUUGCCUGGCAUGAGGACUAUGAUGGGAGGAUGAACCUAGGAAACAGAGUAACGACGUUUAUGGUUUAUUUGAACGAUGAUUUCACAGGUGGCGGAACAAACUUUCCCCUACUCAAGCGCCCAGAAGACUCAGCUUGGUGCGACGUCAUCGAUUGCGAUGAUGAGGAGUAUUCCGGUGUUACUUUCAAACCGACAAAGGGCGCCGCUGUCUUCUGGGAGAACAUGUACCCAAAUGGGUCCUUCCAUCCAGACGUACGCCACGCUUCCUUGCCCGUCAAGUCUGGGCAAAAGUUGGGCUUGAACAUCUUUUCGUGGGACAAGAAGUGGACUUAUCCUGAAUGA